AUGGAUGAACGUUUUCUGGGUCUUGUCCGUAAUAACGACGUGGUGGGAGUCUCUGUGGUCCUUCUAGAGGGCAUCGUUUGCUCAGACGCCUGUCCGAACCUCGGGACACUUCGGGACGAGUUCGGCAGGUCUGUCCUGGAGCUGGCCGUGGACAGGGGGUCGCACGAAGUGGCCGAGGUUUUGUUAGACCACAGCGUACCCAUGGGAGAUGCGCUUCUGUACGCAGUAGACCGGGAGGAUAUUAGAGCUGUGAAAAUGCUGUUUAAGACAGCCUUGAGAAACGACAUAGACCGAUCAGAUGACGUGGAUACUAAGCUGGGUAGUAGCGCCUUCCCCAGCUACAUGACACCUGUCAUGCUGGCGGCCCAAAAGAACAACUACCCAAUCCUGAAGAUUCUACUGGACGCCGGUUUCCCAAAACCUGAACCAGACGACUACCAUUGGACCGCCAGUAUCGGUAACGGCAGGGCGUGGCUCGAUGCGUACCGUGCCGUGUGCAGUCCGUCCUACAUCCUACUGACUAGUACGGAUCCGUUCCGGACGGCAUUCCGGACCGCAAAGGUGUUACGAGAUGUGUGCUGGAAGCGGGAGAACUACCGGCCGCAGCUGGAGGAGCUGGCGGACCAGUGUGAGACAUUUGCCGUCGAGCUUCUAGGAGAGGUGCGUACGACGAAGGAAAUCGAGACCAUUCUCGGUCACCUCUGUAACCCAGAGGACUCUCCGUCCGGAAAAGCCGUCUGUACUCUCCAGAUGGCCGUGGAUCUCGAGAUGAAACAGUUCGUGACGCAUCCACUUUCCGUUGAUCACGUCGACAUCAUGACGUACCGAGAGCUCAUUGGCUUCCAUCGGUACUUCACGGGCUGGGAGAAGUGGUCCUCCGCCCAUGCGCUGUGCGUCACGACGGCCAUCGGGCUUGCCUACCCGUUGCUGUGCCUAGCACAUCUCAUAGCGCCUAAGUCAAAGCUACACGUCUUCUCCAGCCAGAGCACGGUGGCGGAUGACUGGGCCCGAAAAGCGAACGAGAACAGCUUCCAGCCGGUCGCCGUCGCCGAUGUGCUUUUCUCCAUCUUCACGAUAGUCGUGUUUAUGAGGGCCAUACAAGAGUGGCCUGCUAUCGCCGAGACAGCGGGGAAAAUUAUCUACGCCCUGCAUCACGUGGUCGAGGUGCUGGUCCUCGCCAACCUGCUCAUCGCCAUCAUCAGCAACUCUUACACCAGAGCAGAGGAAGUAAAACGCACUGACUGGGGUUUUGAAGUGGUGAAAAACUCGCUGCACUACCUGCAGGUGGACGUGACCCUACCGCCACCGUUCACCCUGAUAAUGAGCACACUGCUGUCCACCCGUCUCAGCCACCACUGUCAACGAAACAAGAUAGCUGCUACAAAGAGGUUGUAG